AUGGGACAAGUGUUUCUGCUGAUGCCAGUCUUACUGGUCAGUUGCUUUCUGAGUCAAGGGGCAGCGAUGGAAAACCAACGGCUCUUCAACAUUGCAGUCAACCGGGUGCAACAUCUCCACCUGCUGGCUCAGAAAAUGUUCAAUGACUUUGAAGGCACCCUGUUGUCUGAUGAACGCAGACAGCUGAACAAGAUAUUCCUGCUGGACUUCUGUAACUCUGACUCCAUCGUGAGCCCAAUCGACAAGCAGGAGACUCAGAAGAGUUCAGUCCUGAAGCUGCUCCACAUCUCUUACCGCCUGAUUGAAUCCUGGGAGUACCCUAGCCAGACCCUGGCCAUCUCCAACAGCCUCAUGGUCAGAAACUCCAACCAGAUCUCUGAGAAGCUCAGCGACCUCAAAGUGGGCAUCAACCUGCUCAUCAAGGGGAGCCAGGACGGCGUACUGAGCCUGGAUGACAAUGACUCUCAGCAUCUGCCCCCCUACGGGAACUACUAUCAGAAUCUGGGGGGCGACAGCAACGUCAGGAGGAACUAUGAGCUGUUGGCCUGCUUCAAGAAGGACAUGCAUAAGGUUGAGACCUACCUGACCGUCGCUAAGUGCAGGAAGUCGCUGGAGGCCAACUGCACUCUGUAA